AUGACCCAGGACUUCGAAGAUACCGAAACAGCCUUAGAGGACCGUUUGCUAGGUUCUGGCGUAUUCAACUGUCGCGACAAGCUACUCAAUGCGCUUUUAGGCUUACAAUACAGAACGCACUACCACGUUUUUGGCGCAGCUCCCGUGAACGCGAGCGUGUGCCGAGUUCUGUUGGAAGAGCUGGGCAAGUACGAUUAUGAAGGUUCGAAUCCAAGUUCCAGAAGAAUUGGGUCGAAUCUUGCCGGAAUAUUGUACUUUCACUUGUCUGAUACAGAAUCGGCUCAGAAGAAAUUAGUGCAAGCAAGCCAGACAGAAAUCGGCUCGGGGCCAUUCCAAACAUUUCUAAAGCUCGAAACACUUUAUUACACGGGUCUUUUGAAACCAAAGGCGAAGGCGACCGAGUUUUACCUUCAGAACUUAUUGCACAUUGUUGAUCAACUUCCCAAGGAAUCACAUGCGCUUACCUUUCACUACCUUGACCUAAUCAUAGCGCGCUUAAGCAUGAGCUGGGAUCAAACCAUGAGCAACUUGGCGCCGUGCAACGUCACAUAUUAUGUCGCAGUGAAGUCCGAUCCCGAAAACCAUGACGAUGACCUUUUGAAAAUAGGAUCUCAAUGUCUCAAAUCAUCCAAAUUCCCUACAGCCGAAGAGACCAACGACUCAAAUUUAGAACAGUUCCACACAGUUUUACAAUAUUAUUUUUUGAACUCGAAGUCAUCGAAAUCAUCUCAAUGGCACGAUUUAAUCGUACAGUCGAUGGGCAAUACUUUCCAAAGUAUGCAAGUCUCAAAAACUGCAAUGAUAUAUUUUGGACUCGAGAAGCAGCAAAAAGAAUCGACUUUGAAUUUCAUUAAUUUCUUAAAUUACAACGAAAACCACAGAGAUCUCAAUCGGGGUGAAUGGCUGGAUAUAGUUUCUAUUAUUGAAAGCUACAGGUUUAUUACUGCUCAGGUUGGAAUUCUUGACAUACCGCAUAUUUUUAAUUAUCGUGAGGUUGUACGCAAGUUCGAACUGCUUUUGUGUGAAUUUUAUGAGAAACUCUCUCUGCCUUUGAUCGAGAAGGAGAAAUCUCUAGACCUCAUUUCUAAUGGAAUCAAGCUCUUUUUACCCCAAAAAAUACUAAUCAUUUUAGCACAAUCAUGGAAUGCUCUUUAUGAGCAUGAUCGUGAGAAUUUGGACCUCCUACAAGACAAGCACUCUUUUUUUUUGGCGAACGCCUUUGUCGCUGAUUCGAGUUGUGACCAAAUAAACUUCAAUUACGCUUACACAUUGGCCCUAAAAAGAGAAGUUGGACAGGCCAUCAAAUUUAUCAAGACUGCCAUCCUUGAGAAGGAGCCAGAAAAUUACCGAGCUUGGCAUCUGCUCGCACUUUGUGAAUCCACGCACGAGGACAAAAAUGUCUCCUUUAGAAUAGUGUGCUCUGUUCUACAAGCCUUGCAGUUGGCUCUUCAUGAGGGAACAUCGAUAUCUGUAUCGGAUAGGUGGCAGCUAAUUCAAUUGAAGCUGACGCAGCUUAGUAUAACAAAGGAAAUGUUUGGCGUAGAAGAUGCUCUUGAACUUCUACCGGAGGUUUUUGAGCUUCUCAGCCUUGCCUUCCCUGAGGAGUUGGACGAUUGUAACCUAAGCUCCGAGUUCAACAAAAGUCAGGAGUAUUUACAGCAGAGCGUGUGGUUAUUCGCGGUAAAGCUUUACAUGAGUAACGGCUCUGUCGACGACGCACGCGAAGCUCUGGCAGAAUCUCGCGACCAAACGGCGAAGUUUCAGAAUUUAAACAAUGACCUCGCGGACGGGUACAUGUCUCUCGGCAUCAACGACGGAAAUGCUUUAAAAUCUUUUGAGAAGGUGCUGUUUUAUGACCAGCUGAAUGUUGACGCAAUCGUCGGUUUUGCAAAAUGUCUAAUGCCCGACACACUUGAAGACGAGCAUCAUAAAUUGGUUGAAAAAUCCAGACAUGAAUUGAACAAAGACGGAUUCAUCGGUGAAAAAGACAGAUCAGCGGCCUUCGCCAGGCUCAAGCUCCUAUUAGAAGAAUUGGUGGAAAAAUCCAUUGAGGGCAGCCAUUCUCCAGAAGUAUGGUGGUGCCUGUCGCGGGUCUACGAGCAUUACGAUGAUUCUGAUAGGGAAGAGAUCUCUCUUUGGAACUGCGUUAAAUUUCAAGAGCUACAGCCCAUCCGAGACUUCAAAUUAUGCAAUUUUUAA